ACUAAAAGAAAUAUGAUUGCAUUUCUCUUUCUAGCAGCGGUGAUUUGGGGAGUUACAAAUCCAUUCCUGAAGCAGUGUAGCGCGGGCAUGAAACUAGGUGGCUCACUGAAAGAUGAUCUAAACUAUUUAAUACGAUGUCCAAGGUAUCUUUGUAUCCAGUUAAUAAAUAUAAGUGGGUCUUUGUUUUUUUUUAUGCUCUUCGAGAAGUUGAAGUUUCGAUCGGAUCCGUUGUCGCUAAUUCAUUGACAUUUGUAAUAACUCUUUUGACGAGCUGUUUCAUUUUUAGUGAGGGGACUUUGAGAAUCCAGACCAUCAUCGGCUGCACCCUAGUCAUGGCCGGCACGGCAUUGUGUACACUUUUCCGCACUAGAGGAUAAAU